CCCUGUCGUCCACGCGCGCCAUGCCCCUGCGCUCCCGGCGCGCGCCCGCCUGAGCUGCCCGGCUCCUCCGCAGGCGCCUGUCCCGUCGCCUCGGUGUCCCCGCAGGUCCCCGUGCCGCUGCCCGGACGCCAUGCAGAUGCGCGCGCUGCUCCUGGCCGCGCUGGCCACGCUGGUGCUAGCCCGGGAUCCCCCUGCCGCGCCGUGUCCCGCGCGCUGCGACGUGUCGCGUUGCCCGAGCCCGCGCUGCCCCGGCGGCUACGUGCCUGACCUCUGCAACUGCUGCCUGGUGUGCGCCGCCAGCGAGGGCGAGCCCUGUGGCCGUCCCCUGGACUCGCCGUGCGGGGACAGCCUGGAGUGUGUGCGCGGCGUGUGCCGCUGCCGCUGGACGCACGCCGUGUGCGGCACCGACGGGCACACCUAUGCCGACGUGUGCGCCCUGCAGGCCGCCAGCCGCCGCGCGCUGCAGCUCUCAGGGACGCCCGUGCGCCAGCUGCAGAAGGGCGCCUGCCCCUCGGGUCUCCACCAGCUGACCAGCCCGCGGUACAAGUUCAACUUCAUUGCCGACGUGGUGGAGAAGAUCGCACCAGCCGUGGUCCACAUCGAGCUCUUCCUGAGACACCCUCUGUUUGGCCGCAACGUGCCCCUGUCCAGUGGGUCAGGCUUCAUCAUGUCGGAGGCCGGCUUGAUUGUCACCAACGCCCACGUGGUGUCCAGCACCAACACCGUCUCUGGCCGGCAGCAGCUCAAAGUGCAGCUACAGAACGGCGACUCCUAUGAAGCUACCAUCAAAGACAUUGACAAGAAGUCUGACAUUGCCACCAUUAAGAUCCACCCCAAGAAAAAGCUCCCAGUGUUGCUGCUGGGUCGCUCGGCAGACUUGCGGCCCGGCGAGUUUGUGGUGGCCAUCGGCAGCCCCUUUGCCCUGCAGAACACGGUGACGACAGGCAUCGUGAGUACUGCCCAGCGGGAUGGCAAGGAGCUGGGCCUCCGGGACUCGGACAUGGACUACAUCCAGACAGACGCCAUCAUCAAUUACGGGAACUCCGGGGGACCCCUGGUGAACCUGGAUGGAGAGGUCAUUGGCAUCAACACACUCAAGGUCACAGCUGGCAUCUCCUUUGCCAUCCCCUCGGACCGCAUUACACUCUUCCUCUCAGAGUUCCAAGACAAGCACAUCAAAGACUGGAAGAAGCGCUUCAUCGGCGUAAGGAUGCGUUCCGUCACUCCAAGUUUGGUGGAGGAGCUGAAGGCCAGCAACCCAGACUUUCCAGCGGUCAGCAGUGGAAUUUAUGUGCAAGAGGUUGUUCCAAAUUCACCUUCCGAGAGAGGGGGCAUCCAAGAUGGUGACAUCAUCGUGAAGGUCAACGGGCGCCCCCUGGCGGACUCCAGUGAGCUGCAGGAGGCUGUCCUGAACGAGUCCCCACUCUUGCUGGAGGUGCGGAGAGGUAACGAUGACCUCCUCUUCAGCAUCUCACCUGAGGUGGUGGUGUGAAGUGGGGCCGCCUCCCCUCAGCGCCUAGCACCAGAGCCUGCAGACCGUGGGCUUGUGGCCUCCCCAGGAUCAGGACGAAGGACCGCCAUGGUCCUCAGCAGGGCCAGUAACCUCCUCCCAGUGUCCAGGGUAGAGCCCAAGGUUGGGCCUGGUCAGGGGUCUGAAUCUCAACCUUGACCCCAAAUCCCAGUGCUAUGAGGAAAGCCCGAUAUCCCCUGGUCCAGGUGCUCCUGACCCUCCAAGUUCCCAGGAAUCUAAAAGCUCCUGAGGUUCCUUGGACAUGUGCCCCUCCCUCAGCUUCCGGCCUCUGUACCUGUUAUCCCUCUGUCUGAGGCCCACCCUGUCCCCACCCAUCCCACCAAGCCUCCCCAGGCCUCCUUCCCCACUGACACCUCUCAGACCCCGUCUCCAGGCUUCCCUCUGUGAAGCAUGCCCACUUGCUUGUAGGACAGGGGCUGUCUGCCCGCCACCUGCAGUCCCUGCAGAGCAGGCUGGGCACAGUGGAGCCCCUGGAGGAGCCAGGGGCUAAUGGCCCUGACCUGGAGCAGGCACCAGUGAGUGGCCCCCAUUGUGGCGCCCAGCCCUGCACUGGCCAUGAGGGUUUCUACCAGCCAAGCAGGAAGCAGCAGGGAGCUGAGCGUAAUGGACACACUUGGCCUGCUGCCCAGACACCUUCGUCUUCCCAAGGUGACCACAGAGCAGCAGGAGAGAAAGCUGGGACCUGUCGGGGGUGUGAGGACUGAGCCGCUUCACCUCCCCUUGCAGCUCUGGGGCGCAGUAGCCACCCUGAGGGACUGCCACCCAGAAGCUGUGGCUCGCACGGACCUCUCCUCGCUGCGUGUGUUUCUAGGGAUAGUCGUGAGCUUUGCUGUAAAGUCCACCCCAGUGUUGCUUGUACUGUAUGUUUCUCUACUGUACGAAAUUAAAGUUUACAAGCACGUGCUUCUCGGCUAGCGGGGCGCUUGGGGAAGCUCACCCCCCCACCCACUGGCCAGGGCUUUUCCAGGGGAGCCACACCUAACACAUGGCUAGUCACGUGAGCUAAAAGCUGAGCGAUGGCCUCUCAGGUGUAUAUGA